CCUCAUCAAGCAGUCAGCCGGGGCCCAGCGCGUGCCUCGCGCCUCGCACCCGGCCACCGUGAGUGCAAAAGCAGGGUGGGCAUGACCCAGCUGAAUGGUGAAACGCAGCGGACCGCGAUCACCAGCGCGGAAGCACCGUUUCGCAUCUUGUACUCCACGCCGGAGUGGCGAGACACGUUUGGGUCCCGUGCUGAUCUCCGGUGCCUCGAGGGUGCAGAGGCGUGGUGCGACGUUCAACUGUCGGGCCUGUUUGCCCAGCUCAAGAUGGGGCACGCCGUGAGCUCGCCACUCUCCUCGCGGGACCGGCACGGCAAUUCCUUUCACCACUUGGCGUCGGCGGCCCCAAUCUGCAGUGCGGACGGCAGCAUCGCCCUUCUUCGCGUGACGGUCAGCACCUCCUCGCCGACACCACCCAGCUCCAACUGCGUGGCCGAGGACCUGCAGGGCUGUCCCGCGGUCGACCCGCCCCUCGAGGUCAGCCGGAGCGCCUCCAUGGGCUCGAGCGAGGCGCUGCUCUCGGCCGACCUCGUGCAGCCCGACUCGCCCGGCGCCGCGGCGUCCUGCGACGACUUUCCGCCCGAGUUUCGGCUCACCGCCGGCUCGCUGGACGGAGCCCGUCAGGCGAGCGCCUCGCCGAGCGAGGUCAGCGUCCUCUCGGAGGCGCUGACGGAGCGGGCCGCGCCUUCAGCAGCGCCCGAGCCGGCGUCCGAGCUCGCCCCCCUCAGCCUGCAGCUCCCUCCCGCCGGCGGCUCCGCCCCGCGCGGCGUCUCGAAGCCUCGCUCGCCUCGCGGCCGCGGCCAAAAGUCGCCACCCUCGACGACGUCGCGCGCGCCUCGCGCCACCGGCUGGCUCGGCCAGAUUGGCGCCUUCGAGGCGUUUGCCUACUGCGGCACCGGCUCUCUGCUCGGCCGCAGCGCCGCAAAGCCGGGCCGCAGCAGCCGCGCCUCGAGCCGGCUGGGGCGGCUGGGCCGCAAGGGCGUGGGCGAGGAGGCCGGGGACGGCGACGGCGAGUGCUGCGCCGGCGAGCCACUCCGCCGCUCAAGCGCCCUCUUGGCAGAGGAGUUGGUGCCGCCUCCGUUUGUGGCGGAGGGCGGAUUCGUGGUGGUGACUGCGGCGGCGCCUCCGUACGUGGUGGAGUGGGCCUCGCCGGGCUGGCUGCAGAUGUGCGGCUUCCGCCCCUCCGGCCUCGACGUCCUCGGCCGCUCCCUGCGCUGCCUGCAGGGCGACCUGACUGACACGGCCGCCGUCGGGCGACUGAUGCGCGCCGUCGCGGAGCGCAGGGACGCGCCGGCGGCGAGGCUGGUCAACUACGACGUGCAGCGGCGCGUACCCUUCGUCCACACGGUGGCGGUCCGCUUCCUCCCUCCCGGCGACGACCCGCAGCGCGGCGCAGCCUUCAUCGCCACCUCCUCUGCGGUGCAGCUGCUGCCGAGCGGCGCCGAGCGGUGGAGCCUCGAGGCGGAGCGCGCGGCGGGCGAGGUUGCGCAGGACGAGUGCUGGUCGGACGAGUUCGAGGACUACUGGAGCGGGUGGGGCGAGCGCGUCGCGCCGCCCCCCAAGAAGACCGAGGACGACUUCAAAUACCUCGCAAAGAAGAUAUCGAAGAAGGUGCUCGAGAAGGAGUCGGGCCCCUGGAGCGAGCGGACGCAGCGCAAGAUACACAAGUACGUCGAGGGCACCUUCCAAAAAUCGUUUGUGUUUCAGCGCGCGGCGGGCGAGGAGGAGGAGGACUGA